AAGAAGUCGCAAAAUCAGCAAUGUCGGAUGCAGCUGACGUACUCAUCGCUGAUAUCAACACCAAGAUGCAGCGGCUGGAGCAGGAAUUAGCCCGCUUUCAUCGCAACCGAGAGGCCCUCGGCGAGUACGGAGCCUCCCUCGACGGGAUUGCCGCUGUCUGGACGGCGUGGAUGCAGCGAGCAGCUGCGUUUCAACACUCGGCUGGCGGAGCGACAGUCACCGAAGCCGCGCGUUUCAUGGCGCAUCCCGACGACGACGAGCGACCUACACUGCCCUCGCGAUCAUGAUCUCAUGAUGAUACAUGUUGUUGUUGUUGUUAUUGAUAAAGUAGUUAUAGUUAUGGAAGCCUUUGUUUGUCAGAAAAUGCAUUGGUUGUGAC